GCCGAGUCGGAAGGCUACGCCGUAAGCCCCAACGCGUUGCUGGAGGCAAAGUUGAGGGCCGGAGCGAGUCUGGCCCCUAAAAUGAGCCUUUUUCACGACAUCAAGCUCAAGCGAAGGAAGGUGGAUUCGCGCACCUCGAGCGAUGGCGAAGGCUCGACAUCGACAGAGGGCUCCAGCCCGCCCAGGAGCACCUCACCAGGAGAGCCGCUUUCGGAGUUCUCGGAGAAAAUGGUGCAGAAGUUCGAAAGCGACGACAACUUCGAUCAGCCUUCGUCGAAAGUCCCGAAAAUGGAAACCACCACGGGACAGGCUGUCAAACAAUCGAGAACCAUUCUCGAGGAGGCCCUGACCAAUGGACCCGCGAAACUCAUUCCCAUGAUCAAGGUGACCCGAAGGGAAGAGGGCGACGCUAAUGGAAACCUCGCGACGAGGACAAACGGUACCACGACGAGCAGCGACUUGAGUGAGUCGGAGGGCUCGAGUUCGAACUCGCCCCAGACACCGGAGACGGCCUCGACCCUCGUGAGCAGUCCCGCAGGAUCGGAGACGUCUUCGGCAUCGGACAAGAUCCUCCGGAGUCCCGGUCAGCAUCCAAAUCAUCCCAACAAUGAUUUCACCCAUCAAGACGCUCGGCCGGCGAAGGAAACCGCUGCGCGAAGCGGCCUGGACGGACUCGCCGAAAUCGCCACUGAGAUCGCGAAUGGACUGCGGCCCGAUGUGCCAAAGAAAGGUAUUCUCGAGGCUUCUCUCAUGCGACCGUGUCGAUCCGCCGCGUCGAGUCCGACGACCAAGGAUCGCUCCAGUCCGAUCUACAGAGCUCCCUCGGCACCGUCGCAGAACCUUCAGUGGGAGGCAUCGAAGAGCGCCUUUGUCAGACCCGCCGAUGCGCCCAAAUCCCCCCUCGGAGGGGGCGCUGAAUCGGAACACAGUCUGGCUCUGCUGCGCCUCAUGUCGCAUUACCGCCAGCAGGUGAAUGGGGGCAAUGCCGGUGUGGCUACGAAUCAGCCCACACCCACUGAGCUCUACAACGGCAACGGUCCUCCUUGGCAAUCAACUAGUGCAACGACUGUAGUUAAACGGAGCCCGACGCGAUCCCCCUCGAAAUCGCCGUCGCUCCAUGAGCAGCGGGCAAGGAAAAUGGAGAGUCAGGACGUGCUGACGACCGACGUAGAGCUCCAGUCGCGCCUCCAGGGUCAGCCGAUCCUGGCGGACCGACUCCAGGACCGACUCGCAUCGCCUGGUCUCGCACAUCCUGGCUCGCCGGGCUCACCUCAGAUGUCUCGUCUCCAAUCGCAGCUGAUGGGCGAUCGGGUUACGCCCUACCGGACACAAUGGCCUCCCGAACCGGCGUCAGCCGAUUCGGCUCUGAAUUUGACGUCCCCGAAGGAACCAGGCAAGGAGGAGACAGACGAGGAAGAUGAUCAGCCCAUGAUCUGCAUGAUCUGCGAAGACAAAGCGACGGGACUCCACUACGGCAUCAUCACAUGCGAGGGAUGCAAGGGUUUCUUCAAACGAACAGUGCAAAACAAACGUGUGUACACCUGUGUAGCCGAGGGGAACUGCGAAAUCAACAAGGCCCAGAGGAACCGUUGCCAGUACUGCCGCUUCCAGAAAUGUCUCCUACAGGGAAUGGUUCUUGCUGCCGUUCGUGAGGACCGCAUGCCAGGUGGCCGGAAUUCCGGAGCAGUCUACAACCUGUACAAAGUCAAGUACAAAAAGCAUAAGAAGAAAGCAAUCGAAUGGGCCCAGAGUCCCAGUCCCGUGACGACAGUAGCAGUACCGACAGCGACCGCGGCAGCUCCAGUUGCCGGGGGUAUUCUCAAGACAGCUCUCACGUCUCCAAAUCAAGUAUUACAUCUCAGACAACAACAACCUGUUCGGCCAGCUAUCGAAGUCACCAGCAGCAAAGACAGCCCUACGUCAAAAGUUCCUGCGGUUCGUGUUCCUCUGACACCUGCAGACGCCCUGCGAUUGAUAAGGGACCUCAUCGACUGCGAUGAUUUCGAAGAUGUGGCCACACUCAACAACAUGGAGGACCUCCUCACCGACAAAGGCGGCCACGAGCUGCCGGACAAGUUGUGCGAGAUCGGGGAUAAUAUCGUUUAUAAGUUAGUGCAAUGGACCAAACGGCUACCCUUCUAUCAGGAGAUCCCUCUCGCCGUUCACACUCAGUUGCUCACUCACAAAUGGCAUCAACUCUUGGUGCUAACAACUGCAGCUUACCAGUCGAUGCGUCUGCCACCAAGGUGUCCGCAAAGUCACGGAGUGUCCGAUCCCAGUGCAGAGGACAGUGAAGUCAAAGCCGCCCUGCACGAUUUGCAAGGAAGUCUUACGGCUCUUAUGGGACGCCAUAUAGGCAUGGAACAACUCGAGCAGGAGGCAGGGGAGCUCGUGGAUAAAUUAACUCGACUGGCACUCUGCUUAAGACGGGGUGAAGUCACAAUGGAGGAAUACGUUUGCCUCAAGGUGCUCCUCAUGCUCAAUCACGAUGAUUCUCAGAGUGCGCUGACGCCCAUCAAAGAUCGCUACUUGGGAGCUCUGAGAACUCACUUAUCUCAUACGAAGUCAUCGCAGCCUAUCCGGUUAGAUUAUUUGCUUGGGCUUUCGCGACUCGUCGAGGGGGCUGCUGAUCUCCUCAUGAAGAGCAAGAUGUUUUACGUACCCUUCCUACUGAACUCCGGCGCCUGCAUCGCCAGACUCGGUGGUGCAAAUCAAUGA